GAAAAGAGAUCCAUUGAAUUUGAUUGGCUCCUUCUUCCUCCUCUUGACCGCCAUGGACCGCGGAAUCAUCGCCUUCUUUGGGACCUACAGGCCGCCGGUGCCGCUGGACAUCUUCGCCCGACCUGCCACUCCGCCGCAGUCGCCCGAGAAUGAUCAGCCCCUCAUCGACGGCGUCUCCUACAACCACAACGGCCGCCCCAUCCCUCCGGCGGCACUGAAGGAGCUCCUCACGUUCCUGGGCAAGAAGAACCCCCAGGCGGUGGCGGACUACUCCCCGGAUGACGCGGCCAAGGGCGUCGUCACCGGCCUGGUGUUCGUCUCCGAGAGGGACAACGGCCUCGAGACGCUCCACGUCGCCCUGUACCGCGACAAGCAGCAGCCGCCCAAGGUCCUGCGCAUGGCCGACAUCUACGGCGAAGACACCUUCGGAGGCGCGCGCAUGGAGGACAGCGGCUGCUUCGCCGGCGGCUUCACGGCCGGCGGAAUGACCGUUGGCCACUCGCUCCUCUACGUCUCCACCAAGGAGCCGGCGAGCACCCGGCGCACGCCGUGGACCAUCGUGUACAAGACCAACCUUGCCGACGGCAAGACCGAGCGCCUCACUCCACCUGAUCAGUACGACUUGAGCCCGGCCGUGUCGCCGUCGGGGAAGAUGGUGGCGGUGGCCAACUUCCAGUUCCACAAGUGGGGCGGCGAGAUCAUGCACAUCAAGACCGACAUCGUCAUCAUGAACGUCGACAAGGUUGCGCAGGGCGGCCUGGGGCGCAAGAUCAUCAUCCGGAACGGCGGCUGGCCGACGUGGGGCAGCGACACCGUCCUCUACUUCCACCGCGGCACCGACUUUACGAACCCGGCCACCAACAGGCCCGACACCAGGUGGAGCGUGUUCCGGUACGACCUGACCACCAAGCAGACCGUCCGGGUGACGCCGGACACCUUCGACGCCAUGACGCCCGCGGCCAUCGACGCCAACAAGGUGGUGGUGGCCACCCUCCGCCAGUCGUCCGCCGCCGCCGUCGUGACCCAGCCCCGGGUGGAGGAUCAGUACCGCCACAUCGAGGUCUACGACGUCACCGCGCCGCCGGACCAGGCGGUGAAGGUCACUCGGACGACCCAGCUGUCGAAAGCCGACCACUACAACCCCUUCGUGCUCGACAACGGCACCCGCAUCGGCUACCACCGCUGCCGAAUGGACCACCUGCUGCAAAAUAACGGAACUGUUGUCCCCAAGACCUUCAACAAGCUGCAGACCCCGCCGACGCACAAGGAUGUGGGGCUCUUCAGGGUGUCCGGCGUGUUCCCGUCCUUCUCCAAGGACGGCUCCAAGCUCGCCUUCGUCGACAACGAGUUCAAGGCCGUGUGGGUCGCCGACAGCAAUGGACUUCGCGUCGUCUUUGAAACCAGGGGCUCCAAUGGCGUCUUCUCGACGUCGUGGAACCAGAACCCAGACAAGGACACCCUGUACGUGUGCGUCGGCCCGGCCUUCACCCUCCGGAGCGCGCUGGAGAUUUACGCCAUCACGAACGUGUCGACGAGCCGCCGCCCCAACAAGCACCGGCUCACCACGGGGGGUUUCAACAACGCCUUCCCGUCGAGCAGCCCGGACGGGAGCAAGUUCGUGUUCCGGUCGACGUGCGACCGGUCCGGCGGCGCCAGGACGGACAAGAACCUCUACAUCAUGGACGACGCCGACGUCGGCGAGUUCGGCGAGGGCACGGUGACGAGGCUCACCGACGGCAAGUGGGUGGACACCCACUGCAGCUGGUCCCCCAGCGGCGACUGGAUCGCCUUCUCCUCCUCCCGCAACAGCGCCCCGGACGCGUUCACAGCCCUCGACGCCGGCUGCUUCGCCAUCUACCUGGUGAGCGCCAGGGACAUCAAGCCCGGCGAGGUGCCCGUGCCGGUGCGCGUGGUCCAGAGCUCGGCCACCUUCGCCGGGCACGUCAACCACCCGGUGUUCAGCCCGGACAUGCGCAGCAUCGUCUUCGCGUCCGACCUCGCCGCCGUCUCCACCGAGCCCGUGUCCAUGCCCGUCUUCCUGCACUCGGUCCGGCCCUACGGCGACAUCUUCUCCAUCAACCUCCGCGACAAGGACGACAUCACCAAGAACCAGGACAUCCAGGAGUACCACCGCAUCACGCACAGCCGCUACGAGUACUCCACGCCGGCGUGGACCACGCUCGGCACCGUCGACCCCAACGAGCAGUGGAGCAUGGUGCACACCGGCGGCGAGUUCAAGCCGGCGUGCCCGUACAUGCACUCUGACGGGGGAGAGGGAUGGCACAUGGCAGGACACCUCACCAUCCAAAGGAGGUGCUGCUAGGCUGCUGUGUCUGUCGUCGUCCGAUCUUCCAAGAGCCAUCGUCGUUUCCAUCUCAUCCGAUCAU